AUGGAUGGAUGGAGCUUAGAUGAUAUUAAGUUAUACCGGAUUCGGGGAGACGAUGAGGAGUGGGACCAGGUGCUGAAGAAAGCAGGGAACACGGCUGUCAUCAGCAUCAAAAGGUGCCCUGGGAUGCAGGAUAUCCUCCUGGAAGAACUGUUGUGUUCGGUUGUGGAAAUAACUGUAAAAUGUAUCUUUUCCGACAGCGACAAGAAGAGGAAAUGGGAAGGGGGCAACGCAACGGCAAGCAAUGGAGCCCCCCAGCAAGGCAAAGUGAAAAAGAAGGACAAUCAGCAUGGAAAAUUCAAGAAGAAUAAGGACAAACGUGGAAAAUUUGGAAAGAAGGUCUGA